AUGGAACAAAACUCUCCCGAGAACUACUAUCGGAUCGGCUCAGGAGCCUGUGGUACUGUGUGGGCUAGAAGUCUCGACGGCCCUGCAAUCAAACGAGAGGAUGGCGGUCCGUCUCGAUCCCUAGCAAACGACUUUGCGAUGCACAGGCGAGCACUUGAGGCUUUUCGCAAGUUGACAUCUACCAAAAGCCGCAAACAGGAUCAGCUCAUACAACCCCAAGCCCGCAUCCCACAAUGUUACAGCUACUUGACCCCCGAGGACAUCUGGUGGGAAGAGAAUCUCACACGGUUCCCCCUCGGAUACUCACCCUGCAAUGCGAUCUCCUCCAAACGCAUCCCACCGUUUCCAGAGAAUGUAAGGGCACUUCUUGUGGAGAAAUACUGCCCUCCGGACAUUAGAAACCAAAUCCUGUCUAGCGCAAGCAGUCGGGCCUGUCUGAUCAGACCAUACAUUGGUCGCAAACGAACCUACCGAACGGCAAUGAAUAUGAACUCGAGAUUUAGAAGCUUUUCGUUGCAGAACUAUCCGCUCCAUUUGGAUCAGAUGGUCGAGCUGGGGAUUCCUUCUGACCACAUCGAAUGCUAUGCUGCCAUGAUGGGGGAAGCAUUAGCCACGCUGCACUGGCUGGGCGAGAUGGAUGGGAACGACGUCGAGUUUGUUCUCGCUCCGCCACCAAGACGGGGCGAUGGCAGCACCAUUGCCAUGACAAAUGUGUUGGGACAGCAUACCCUGUGGAUGCUGGAUUUUGAUCUUUGUUGCUCCAUUUCUAUGGAUUUCGAAGGCGUCCAGCAAGCUGUCAAGGGGUUUUGCAGAAAUGAUCCCUUCUAUCCGCGGCCGCACACAGACCAGUGGAGUGCUUUUCGCCAGCAGUAUUUGCAGACCUCGGUCGAUUUGAUACAGAGAUUUCAUAAGGAUGAGGCAGAGACUCGACUUAGCCUUGCCAGAAAGUUCAUCGAAUUGAUCGAGACCAAGUAG